GCCCCCAGCCCCGCCCCCGCCGCGGCGGGCAGGAGGGUGCGGGCUGCGGGCUGGCACCGGGCCCGCCCCGCCCAGCACCGGCACCGGCACCGGGCACCGGCCCCGGCCCAUGGAGGCUCCGGGAGCGACCGGCACCGUAGGCAGCCGGUGAGCCCAGGCCGGAGCGGGGCGGCGUGGCCGGCGGCGUGGCCGGCAGCGUGGCGUGACCAUGCAGGCGGAGGCCAGAGGGGAUUUCUGCGGCAGGGACCAGCACCCCGGUGCCGGUAUCGCAGAGCUCGGCAAGGAGGUGCUGGCCCCGGAGCGCCCGGCUGGGACCCCCACCCACGGGCCGGCCCAGGAGACCCCCGGAGCCCCCGCGGAGGAGCAGGGCGGCAUCCCCAUCCCCAGCGCCGGCCUGCUGCAGGUCACUGAGCGCAGACAGCCCCUGAGCAGCGUCUCCUCGCUGGAGGUGCACUUCGACCUGCUGGACCUGACGGAGCUGACCGACAUGUCGGACCAGGAGCUGGCCGAGGUCUUCGCCGACUCGGACGAGGAGAACGCGGCCGGAGAGUCGCCCAGCGGGCUGCAGCCGCAGGCGGUGCCGCGGGCCGGAUACCUGCGCUCGCCCUCCUGGACCCGAGCGCGGGAGCAGGGCCGGGAGAAGAAACACCUCAGCGACCCGGAGCUGCCGCCGGGACCCCCGGACGCCUUCCUGCCCGCCGAACGGCCGCGGGAGCCCUAGGGGCUGCACCGGCCCCGAGGGGGGGCACACACCGGGAUGGCGGGGGGGACAGACACGCACACCGGAGCCCAUCCCCAUCACCCUGCCGGAGGCGGGGGGGACACACACCCCGGGGUGCAGGACUGUUAUUGCAGCGGGGGCAACCGGCCCCAGGCAGAGGUGGCCCCCAGCCCCGCGGAGGCAAGCCCGCUGUCCCCCCGGGCCACGGGGAAGGGGGAACCGGUCCCCCCCGCCGGGACGCGGGGCUGCCCGCGGCCCCGGCUGCCGGGACUGGUGACCCGGGCGGGACGCACCGUCCAGCCCGACUGGAGCGGGGCCGGUACCGGUACCGGUGCCGGUGCCCACCCGCUUCUCAUGUAGCAGUGCUGUGUUCCGGUAAAACCGAGCGAGCCUCCA